AAACAGUACAUGCAGCUGUCCAUUCAAGAAGGUUGUGGUUCUCCUAUCACGUGUCCAGACAUGGUAUGCUUGAACCAUGGGACCCUACAAGAAGCAGAGAUUGCCUGUUUGGUGCCUGUUGACCAGUUUCAGUUAUACAAGAGGCUGAAGUUUGAACGAGAAGUCUACUUGGACCCCCAAAGAACGUGGUGCCCUGCAGCCGACUGCCAAACAGUGUGCUGUAUUGCACUGAACAAGUCAGGAGCACCGGUGCCGGUGGAGUGCCCAGCUUGCCACCUGAUGUUUUGCUCCUCUUGCAAGGACACGUGGCACCCGCAGCACCUAUGCCAGGAAAACCAAACUACUCUAGUACCAAGCGAGCAGGGAUCACUUAUUGGAACGGAGACAGAGACACCAAUUAAGCAGUGCCCAGUUUGUAGGAUCUAUAUUGAGCGAAACGAGGGCUGUGCUCAGAUGAUGUGCAAGAACUGCAAGCACACGUUUUGCUGGUACUGCCUACAGAACUUGGAUAACGAUAUCUUCUUAAGACAUUACGACAGAGGCCCUUGCAGAAACAAGCUGGGCCACUCACGGGCCUCGGUGAUGUGGAACAGAACACAGGUUGUGGGGAUCCUCGUUGGACUAGGGAUCAUAGCAUUGGUGACCUCUCCCUUGCUACUCGUGGCAUCUCCGUGCAUCAUCUGCUGCAUUUGCAAAUCUUGCCGAAGCAAAAAGAAAAAACACGGCCCACCAACAACUUAA